UUUAGUAAAUGCAAUUGAGACAGACGAUAAAAAAUCUUCUGCAAUAGAAAAAAUAGGUAAAGAAGAAAUUGGUAAAAAAGUCCCCCGAUGGUCAUACAAAUUAAUAACUGAAUUGGAACAAAUAUCGUAUUUUACAAAUCCACCAGAUGAUCAUGAUAUUCGUUCAAGAAAAGGGAUCAGUGUAUUAAUUUUUGAAGAACCUAAGACUCUCAAAGAUAAGACUACAAACAAAGAUAAGAAUACAAAAGAUACAAAUAUUCAAGCUAUAAAAUCCGACGAUAAUGAGAAAGAUAAAAAUAUUAAAAAGAAAAAGGAAGAUGAGGAUAAUAAGCUUUUUUUAUUACGAUAUCCGCACCAAUCUGAUUUUCGCCAAGGCUUAAUAAAAGACUCUAUGCGAACUCAAAGACGUAAAAUAGUUAUUGAGGGACUUUUUAAAGCAAUAUGCGCAUUCCCCUCUUUUUUUUUGACAGGAUGAGGAAAAAAACCUUUUUUUCUCUACCAUACCUGGCUCAACUGAAACGGCUUUUUAGAAAAUGGUCAUCCAUAAAAGAGUUUGGGAUUUUAGAAUCUACAGAGGAAAAAAAAAUAAUAAUAAAAAGAGAAACCAAAAAGGAAAAAAAAACGACGAGAGGAAAUAGAACGGUUAGAGAUAGGGGAAGCCUGGGAGACUUUUCCAUAUACCCAAAUAAUAAGAGGUUUUUUAUUAAUAACCCAAUCAAUUCUCAGAAAAAAGAUUCUAUUACCUUCAUUCAUAAUCGGUAAAAAUAUCGGGCGUAUGCUACUAUUUCAAACUCCUGAAUGGUCUGAAGAUUUAAAGGGAUGGAAUAGAGAAACGCAUGUGAAGUGUACUUAUAAUGGUAUUCCGUUAGCUGACAAAAAAUUUCCGGAAAAUUGGUUGACAGAAGGUAUUCAAAUCAAAAUUUUAUUUCCUUUCUGUCUCAAACCUUGGCACGAAUAUAAAUCGCUAAAUUCUCGUGAUGACUUUUGUUUUUUAACAGUUUGGGGAAGGGAAACAGAACACCCUUUUGGUCAUCCACGACAAAAACCUUCGUUUUUUAAGCCUGU